CCCCAUCUCUCCAUCUCUUGCAGUAAGCACCUCAUUGUUUAUUUUCCGCGUGGAUAUUUAUGCUGAUUGCUGUUGGUAUAGAUACAAUGUCCUCCUCGUCUACCACCGUCGCUCCAAACCGGCCGUCAUCGGUCCCAGGGAGUGUGAUCCGCGCGCUGGCGAUGUUCACCACCGCAAUGGUCAUCGCGCCCCUGUUUUCCUUUUACUUUUGCGUAAACUACGUGUUUGACGGAAACAGCCAAUGGGCAGGCUUGGUCGCUGCUAUUGUCGCGAACGUGGUGGUGCUGGGAUACGUUGUGUUUGCGUGGAAAGAAGACUCGAAUACGUUCAAGGCCAACGAGGGCGAGGAGUCCAAGAAGUCAAAGUAGUCUGUUCCCAGCCCACUAGUCUUCUUUUCGACAGUUUAUUUAGCGCGACAAAAACAAUGCAGACAGAGAGGGGAGUGAGAGAAAUAGCAAACAGAUAGAGCGGGUGGGAGAUAAGGAGCUUGCGAUUGUGAAUAUCGUACGUGCUCGGAAGGAAAGCGAUUUAUUUGUCUAAUUAUUCUUUGUAUUAUUGUUGAUAUUUCUACUUCUCACGAUAUGAUUGUUAAUAUUACUUCUCACAAGCCCGAUUUUUCUGUAACUGUCCAUAAAUAACUUAGCAUUUUCAAUGAUUUUUUCUUUAUAGUCUGUAAUAGAGCACCCACAAUAACACCAAGCGCAAGAUAAGCACGAAGAACACUAUCUUGGAGUCAGUAUCGCGGAUCAUUUUUAC